AUGGAUGAAAAUAUAAUUCCAACCGUAGUGUUUCAUCCUAUCAUUUCUUCUAUACAAAAAAUUGCUCUUUAUGAAACGAAAUCAAAAUUUUAUUUGAUGGGAUCAAAUAAUACCUUAACACGUUUUCGGGUAUUAAAAAUUGAUCGUAUGGAACCAAAAGAAUUAGUUGUUAUAGAUGAUAAGAGAGAAUAUACGCAAGAUGAAAUAAAGGAUCUUGUAAAUGAAAUAAACAUGGGUAAUCGUACACGUGUUGGACAACGCAAUAAUAGCGGUGGAGUUGCAAGAAUUAUCUCAGCUUUUGGAAUUGUUGGCAGCAUUUACAAAGAAUCUACAUCUGACAAUGGUGUAUCAAAAGAAUGUGAACACCAAGAAAGUCAGAAACCAUUGCACAAACCAACUCAAACUAAAUUCACCUGGAAUACGAUGUGGCAGAGAGAUACUUUUCCUCGACUAGUACGAGCAUUUGGUCUUCUUGGUUUUGUACGUUUCUUGGAAGGAUACUAUAUAAUUAUGGUUACAAAACGACGUAGGGUGGCUGUAAUUGGUCAUCACACCAUAUAUAAAAUAGAGGAUACUUCAAUGAUUUAUAUUCCAAGUGAUAAUGUCCGUGCUUUUCAUCCUGAUGAACAAAGAUAUGUAAAAAUGUUUCAAAGCAUAGAUCUUCGUAGUAACUUUUAUUUCAGUUACUCUUAUGAUUUGACACAUACUUUGCAAAGUAAUAUGACUCCACCAAAGCAUAUUAAAUCUGAUAUUUCGAGUACAGAUAACGAGAACAUAAAUCAAACAAAGACUAACAAUACUGAAGAAGAAGAAGAAGACUUUUUUAACAUGUGGGCAUUUAAGAAAAGAUAUCAGAAUAACAGCGAUACAGGAAAAUAUGUUGAUUACGGUGUACGAAGUAAUCCACAUCGUCGAUUUGUGUGGAAUUCUCAUUUAUUAAAACCAGUGGAAAAAGAUUUGCAUCCCGACUGGAUUUUAUAUAUUAUACACGGUUUCCUUGGACAAUCAAAUGUUAGUAUUUUUGGAAGAUCCAUGUAUGUAACUAUUAUAGCCAGAAGAAGUAAUAAAUAUGCAGGUACUAGAUUCUUGAAACGCGGAGCGAAUUUUGAUGGAGAUGUCGCAAAUGAAGUAGAAACGGAACAAAUUGUACAUGAUUCUGGAGUAAGUUCUUUAAGUAAAGGACGUUUUAGUUCUUUUGUUCAAAUGCGUGGAUCGGUUCCUGGGCAUUGGAGCCAAGAAGUUAGUAAAAUGGUUCCUAAACCUACAAUCACUUGUGAUUUGGCUGAUCCUUAUGUAGAAACAGCAGGUGCACAUUUCAAUCAACUUCUAAGGAGGUAUGGUUCUCCAAUUAUAAUUCUUAAUCUUGUUAAGAAACGUGAGAAAAAGAAACAUGAAAGUACAUUGAGUGAAGAAUUAUGCAUGGCUGUUAAAUAUUUAAACCAAUUUUUACCUCCAGAACAUCAUAUUCAAUAUAUAAGUUUUGAUAUGGCUCGAAAGAAUAAAAGAAAGAAAGUUAAUGUUAUGGCAUAUUUGGCAAACAUAGCAUAUAAUGCAGUAUUGAAAACGGGUAUUUUUCAAUCGCAAAACCCAUAUUAUAGCCAAAAGAAUUUAUUUUUUUCUCCACCUAUUCGUAUAAAGAAGCCUCACAAAGUGAAUUCAAAUACACAUCUCUCAUUCAGUACACAUACUCUGCAGAAUUCUGCAAGUUCAAUAACUGAAGAUAAUAAUAAUUUGUCUAUUAGUAAUGAUUCCAAGCUUAUUACAGAAAAUAAAUACGAUGAAUCAAAUUAUAUUGAAAAUAAUGUAAGACAGUGCUUUGGUAAAAAGGGUACCUUACAAACUGGAAUUAUUAGAACAAACUGUGUAGAUUGUCUAGAUCGUACAAAUACAGCGCAAUUUGCAAUAGGAAAAUGUGCUUUGGGGUUCCAGUUAUGUGCUUUAGGAGUAUUGGAGUCUCCUAAAUUGGAAUUUGACUCAGAUUGUGUAAGAAUGUUAGAAGCAUUAUACGAGGAUCAUGGAGAUACAUUGGCAUUACAAUAUGGUGGUUCUCAACUAGUACAUAGAAUAAAAACUUACAGGAAAACUGCACCGUGGACUAGUCAGGGUAAUGAUAUUAUGCAAACACUCAGUAGAUAUUAUAGUAACACUUUCAGUGAUCAAGAAAAGCAACAUACGAUUAAUUUAUUCUUAGGUUUAUUUGUACCUGAAGAAGGAAAGCCUCCAAUUUGGGAGCUUCUAACAGAUUAUUAUUUGCAUCAUAAACCUGCUUGCCACUAUACCCGUCGAACAAAACUUUUAACGCAAUGGUGGGAUACUAACGUAGUAAAGUGUCUGCCAUAUGCGCUGAAUGAAGUAACGAAAGCUUGUGCAGAAAUAAUACAAGUACAAAAUUCUAUGGAAGAGAUGAUUGAUGUUUAUUACGAUUAUCAUAAACCAUACGAAUUGACGGUACUUUUGGGAGUUUACGCGUAUCAAAUUAGUCAUUCUGUUAGAGACUUCAUGCCGCAUUUCACAACCAGUUUUAGUCCAUUUGCAGUACGGAUACGACCGGAUAGAAGAAGAGAAGAAACUGGUAAUAAAAAUCUAAAUAUGAAAAAUCCUUCCAUGACCGGCCAAAGUAGUACCAGCAGCACAACGUCAAGUGCAAGUUCCGACAACGAUUCAAGUUCAGACGAAGAUGAAAGUCAUCAGCAGGCUAAUGAUUCACAAUUAAUAAUUUCAAAAGAAAGUUCGGAAUUCACAUCUUUCGAAUUAUUGUUUCCAUCUAUGAAAGAUGUAUAUGGCACUAAACUUGAAUAUCCUAAAAGAAAUGACGUAAUUCUGUAUAAAAAAUUUGUAUUAAUUGGACGUAAUGCAACAUAUCCUACAAAUUACAUGAAAUUGCGUUCGAAAUUAAUUCAACAAGCAUCAUUUCCCGAUGUUACAACUCCUGUAAUUGCGCUGCCAUCAGUAACGAAAUCUAGUAUAAGUAUAUACACGCAAUAUGUUACAAGAGCUAAGGUAGGUGGUUCAGUACCAAAUUCCAAUGAUAUUAGUUUGUAUGAAAAUUAUAUUAAACAGCAGCAGUUAUUAGAAAAUCCAACAUAUUGA